GUCAAGUUCGAAGUCAAACCUUCGAUCUCAUAGACCCAGAGACUGACUGUGAGUUGCGUCCUGAGGUAACAACUUGCACUACCACCCUAUCAAAAGGCCAGUUUAAUAGUGCCAGAUUUGAAAGGUUUUCAAGUUGGAAGGUGCUGCAAAAGGCUAUUGCCAAACUCCAACAUAUAGCUCAAUCAUUCAAGAACAACUCUGAGGUUUCCUGUCGUGGCUGGCACAACUGCAACAAACAUUUAACUGAAAAGUCACUGCAACUAGCCAAGACCACGAUCAUUCGCACCGUUCAAAGAGAGGUCUUCGCAGAAGAUAUUGGAUGCAUUGAAAAAGGCACAGCUCUAAAAAACUCAAGUCCACUCAGCAAACUGAAUCCAUUUGUUGACACGCAAGGGCUCCUUAAAGUUGGAGGCCGACUAAAGAAAGCACAGUUGUCUGCAGAAGAAACCAAUCCCAUACUCGUCCCUGGAAAGCAUCAUCUUGCUCAGCUCAUAAUAAGACACUUUCACGAAAAAUUAUGUCACCAGGGAAGGCAUUUCACGGAGGGAGCAGUCAGAGCAGGGGGCUUUUGGAUUGUGGGAGGAAAAAGAGCAGUAAGCAGUGUGAUUUUCAAGUGCAUCACAUGCCGCAAAUUAAGGGGCAGGCAACCUGAACAGAUAAUGGCUGAACUUCCUGAGGACAGGCUGUCCACGGACCCUCCUUUCACAAAUGUAGGCCUUGAUGUGUUCGGUCCCUGGUCCGUUACAGUGAGAAAAACGCGUGGUGCUAAUGCAGAUGCUAAAAGAUGGGCAGUCAUAUUCACCUGCAUGAGUACACGUGCAAUUCAUAUUGAAGUGAUUGAGUCAAUGGACACAUCGUCAUUCAUUAAUGCACUGCGUCGUUUCUUUGCCAUCCGAGGUGGUGCCAAACUCUUGAGAUCUGAUUGUGGGACAAAUUUUGUGAGUGCCUGCAAAGAGCUCCAAAUAGACAAACUAGGCUGUCACAAUGACAAAAUAGGCACAUUCUUGAAAGACAGUGCGUGCAAAUGGCAGUUUAAUCCUCCACAUGCAUCCCAUAUGGCUGGUUCCUGGGAACGCAUGAUCGGCGUCACCCGAAAAAUCCUCAAUGCAAUGCUCCUUGAACAUCCAUAUGGGAAGCUCACACAUGAAGUACUCGUGACAUUGUUAGCUGAAGUCACCGCAAUUGUAAAUGCACGCCCGCUAACGGCUGUUUCUACAGAUCCCGAAAACCCAGUCAUUCUUACUCCUGCGAUGCUACUCACGCAAAAGGUUGGCACACCACCGAUUCCACCAGGGCAGUUUCAGACCAGUGACCUAUUCAAAGCCCAAUGGAAGCGCGUGCAGUACUUAGCUAAUGUUUUCUGGAGUCGUUGGCAGAAAGAAUACAUCGCAGGCUUGCAGGUUCGUCGCAAGUGGAAAAUAAAAAAGCCGAACCUUCAAAUGGGCGACGUUGUUUUAAUGAGGGAGUCUCUGGAACAUAGGAAUAAUUGGCCACUCGGACUGAUCACAAAAUCUUUCCCAAGUGAGGACGGUAAUGUCAGAAAAGUUGAGGUUAAGAUUUUCCGAAACGGCGAGAAUAGGUUUUACAUUCGCCCAAUUCGUGAAGUUGUGCUUUUGAUGUCUAAGGAUAGCAUGUAAAACGAGUUAUUGUUGUGUAUCGUUCAUUAGUUAAGAGCUGACAUCUUGCAGAUGUCAGGCGGGGAGUGUUAUGUCCUCUGGUCUUAUGUUGACUACUUUUUGGGUUUCUUUCUAAGAUUGUAUAUUGUUCAUCCGUCCACAGGAUGUCGCUAUUGUAACUCAGAAUCUUAAGUUUUUCUUUGGUAUUGCUGUUUGCGCUCGGCUUCCCCUAGUGGCGAUUUGCUGUAAGCAGCAGGCAGAAAGAACUUUUUAUUUCAGUUGGAAAAGAGGCCUUGAGGUGUUAAGACGUUACACACCUCCUCUGCACCAUACAUCGUUGGGAACCCUUGACAAAACAAAAUCUUUUUACCACACACACGCACACACGUUGACACAAAGAAAUAAAUGAGAGGAAGGAGUUCGGGCCUCCAAGUUUCUUUGUCGGUUUAGCUCGCUGCCAAAGUCGAGUAGCCAUACGCUCGGCUGAGGGCAGAAGACACAGUAUCAACAUCGAUGAAAAACACACGCUUUCCAAAUUUUCUUUCGGGUCACAGGAGACCAACCCAAC